AUGGCAGAGCCCGUUAGAGCCUUCCCUUGGUUUGUUAUUGGGGGCCAGCCGCGGUCCAUCCGGUCGCCACCGCAGCCAGGUCCGGCAGCAGCCGUCGCCGGCCACCGCGGCGUCCUGCCGACGGCGGGGUAUUUGCACUGGCGGCUCCGCCGCCGCAGCGGUAGCUCCGUCGUUCCGCCGCUGGCGGCCACAGAUCCUGGAGGAGGAGGAGGUGGCGGCGGCGGAACCGCCGAAGAAGCACGAACCGGCAACAAGGCCUCCCGGCGCCGCGCCAACCCUGUUCCCGCACCAUCAUCGUCACCGUCGUCGCGCAACUCUGCAUCUUCAAACGACGCGGAUGCGUCGCGGCCGCCGCCCACUGGCAUGUCUGCUGGCGGCGGCGGCAGAAGUCAGUCUGAGCGCGCCGCUACAGCCGCGGCGGAAGCGACUGUCGCGGAAACGGAGGCUUGGCGGCGCCAGCAGCAGAACCCGCAAACCCAGCCCCAGUCUCAGCUCAAAUCGGUGUCUGAUUUCCGUACAAGUGACCGCAUCGCGGAGGCGCUCAACGCCGCCGCGGCGGCGGCGACGGAAGAGGCCCCUCUGCAUCCCCACGCCAGCGGCAGCAUCGAAGUCCUCCGUACACACCCUCACGAGUUCACCUGCAACGAGCCCAACACUUGCGGCGGCACUAUCCUGGUGGCGCUAGAUGAUACGGACGACGCGGCGGCGGCGGUGGAGUGGGUGGCGAAGAACCUGUAUCAUCCAGGCGUGGACGAGCUACGUGUCGUACACGUAGUGUGUGAUCCGCGGACACUGCAGUGGCAGACUUCACUGGGCACCACGGCUUCGGGCCGCUCCAUUGCCGAUUACCUGUCGCGUUUACAAGCGGCCGCGGGGCGUGUCGUUGAUCGGCGCUGCGAGCAGCUGCACCGAGGCGGAGUGAAGUACGAGGUUGAGCUGCCUCGGCUGUCGGCCUGUCGGUCUGCAGCCGGCAUUGGUGAAACCCUCCUAGAUGCCGUACGGCGGUACGACGCCAAACUGCUAGUCGUGGCCAGUCAUGGACCAGGUGCUUUGGCAGAAUAUGGUUCAGUUAGCCGCUUCUGCUACCAACACUCCCACGUGCCGCUAUUACUAGUGCCGAGUAUCGAGGCGCAGGCGGCCGCAGCAGCCGCAGCCGCGCGUCGUGCUGCCGCCGUGCCGCUAGCGCCGCCGCCGCCACCGGCUGCUGCUGCAGCGUCGUCGGGGGCGCUGGCCUCCGAGGGUGCAGCCGCCGCUGCGACGGCGCCAGCGGCGGCGGCGGCUUCGACCAGGAGUGAGAUCCUUCUUGUUGUUAACCACUUGGAGGAGUUAGCCAGUGUCUGGCAGUGGGUGGCGGACAACUGCGCGCGCAAAGGUGAUGCGCUGUCUAUCUGGCAUGUGGCUGGACCUAGCCUCAGCGGUAUGCCCUCGCUGUCCACUGCCAUCGCCAACCAGCUUCAGAGCCGUGGCCUGGGACAGGUGUCGUACAGGCAGCUGUACAGCAGCACGGGAGAUCCACAGGAUCUAGGUGACCAGGUACGGCACGGCGGGGAGGGGUAG